AGUAAACUAAAGAUAAAAUAUUUUUCGCGAUUGUAUUCCGCUCGCGAGUUCAGUCACGAAUGAGAUGAGGAGUGUGGUCGGUGUGAGUGUGAAUGUUACGUAAAUCGGAUGACAUAAGUUUUUUUCUGUGAUCACUUUUAAAUUAUUUCAAUUGAACCACCACAAUGGAGGACAAACAAAGAUCUCAGCUCAAUCCCACAAAACAGUCAAUUCAUCCUAAACAGAAAGCCAGUUUUUUAUCAAACGUUUUCUUUUGUUGGGCAUUACCCUUGUUUGUAAAAGGAUUCAAAAAAGACCUUUCCGAGGAAGAUCUCUACGGACCACUCAAGGCACAUGAUUCAAAACGAUUAGGAGACCUUUUAGAAGCAGCUUGGAUUAAGGAGGAAAGUACCCGCCGUAAUCCCUCAUUCUGGCGGGCUAUCAUCAAAGUUUUUGGACGGGAGUUUGGACUACUUGGACUAUACGUUAUCGUGAUCGAAUUUUUUAUAAAAAUGUCUCAGCCCUUAUUUCUUGGAAAAUUAAUGGAGUAUUACACGCCAAACCAAGAGACAAUGUCCAAAACCACCGCUUGGUACUAUGCGGUGGGGAUUGUUGCCAUGUCCUUUGCUAACGCAUUAUUAGGCCACUCUUGUGUCUUUGGUCUAAUGCAUCUAGGAAUGAAAGUCCGAGUAGCGAGUUGUUCACUGAUUUACCGCAAAGCUCUAAGACUCAGCAAAAGUGCUUUGGUCGACACCACAGUGGGCCAAAUGGUCAAUUUGUUGUCAAACGAUGUUAACCGUUUCGACAUGAGUGUUAUCCACUUGCAUAAUCUGUGGGUGGCUCCGUUCCAACUUGCUGUUAUGGUGUACUUGUUGUACACGACUCUUGGUUUGACCUCGCUUGUUGGCGUGGGCUUUUUGUGCCUUUUUAUACCUCUUCAGAUGUACCUGGCCAAAAGAAUUUCAGUUUAUAGGCUCCGAACAGCACUGAAAACCGACCACAGAGUGCGUCUCAUGAACGAAAUCAUUUGUGGUAUUCAAGUCAUUAAAAUGUACACUUGGGAAAAACCAUUUGCAAAAUUAGUUCAAGUGGCUAGGAAGUUGGAGGUACAAGAAAUCAAGGCUGCCUCCUAUAUCCGCGCGAUCAACCUUUCCCUAAACAUAUUCCUAAACAGAACUGCGAUUUUCCUGUGCAUUUUAACGUAUAUUUUAACGGGUAACACACUCCAUUCGCAGUACGUCUAUGUCGUGACUUGUUAUUACGGCGUCUUGAGACAAUCAAUAGUCAUGUUUUUGCCACAAGCUAUCACCACCUUGGCCGAAACUAACGUUUCCGUGAAAAGAAUCGAGAAAUUUUUAACCGCUGAAGAGCUACAAGCCAGGAAACAACUCUUCAAUGGGUUGGAAACUCACACGAAAGCAAAGAACGGAUCCAUUGCUCUGAUUCAGGAAAAACCACAAAACGUCGGCAUUCAAAUGGAAAAUGUGUCCGUAAAAUGGGUAACUACAGCGACCGACUACACCUUAAACAACAUCACCCUGAGUGUGGGUUCGCACCAGCUGGUGGCAAUCGUAGGCCCUGUUGGAAGUGGCAAAACAACACUUCUCCACGUGAUUUUGAAAGAAUUAUCACUGAGUCAGGGAAAUUUAGAAGUUGGGGGGACAAUUUCGUACGCCUCGCAGGAACCGUGGCUGUUUGGCGGCAGCAUCAAACAAAACAUCCUAUUUGGGCAAAAAAUGGACAUGAAACGGUACAAAGAAGUGGUGCGGGUUUGCGCCUUGGAGCGCGAUUUUUCGCUCUUUCCUUAUGGCGAUAGGACAAUAGUUGGGGAACGAGGGGCGAUGUUGAGCGGAGGCCAGAAAGCCCGUAUCAACUUAGCCCGAGCCAUAUACAAAGAAGCCGACAUCUACCUCCUCGAUGACCCUCUCUCAGCUGUUGACACUCACGUCGGGAAACAAUUAUUCGAAGAUUGCAUUACCGGUUAUUUGAACAGUAAAUGCGUAGUUUUGGUCACACAUCAACUACAAUAUCUCCGAACAGUCAACAAAAUUUACUUACUCGACAAUGGAAAAGUUGCAGCUAGUGGGACACACAGCGAGUUGAAAAACUCCGAUGAAGAGUUCCUUAAACUCCUCGAAGGCGAAACUGAGGAAGAAAUCGACGAUGAAAACAAAGCUUCGGUGAAAAAAGCAAAGUCUGUGAAGAGUCUAGAAAAAUUAGAAAUGCCAACGGAGGUGAAAGAACAACGCGGAAGUGGAAACGUGUCGGGAAAAAUCUACAAGAGCUACAUGAAAGCGGGCGGAAGCAUUUUCUCCUCUUUCAUCUGCAUAUCCCUGUUCGUUUUGGCACAGUUGGGUGCAAGUGGUACUGAUUAUUUCUUGUCGUUUUGGGUGAACUUGGAGCAAGACCGGUUGAAAAACAACGAAACGAUUCUCACUUCUGCUGAAAUUAACGACACGUACUACAAAGAAGAAUUCCGAGAACUGUUUUUUACUUCGGAGAACUGCAUGUACAUUUACACUGCUUUGAUCAUCUUUAUCAUUGUCAUGACCCUGACACGGUCCUUGAACUUCUUCAGAUUUUGUAUGAAGGCGUCAAGAAAUUUGCACGAUUGGAUGUUUUCAAGAGUUGUCCAUACUUUUAUGAGGUUCUUCAACACCAAUUCUUCUGGAAGGAUUCUUAACAGAUUUUCGAAAGAUAUGGGAUCUAUUGACGAGAUUCUGCCACAAACUGUGGUCGAUACUUUGCAAAUUGGCCUAAUCGCUCUUUUUGUCAAUAUUGUUAUUGCCACGGUAAACACCUGGAUCCUCAUUCCCAGUGUGAUAAUAUUUGGAUUGUUUUACGCAUUUCGAAUAGUAUUUUUGGCCACUAGUCGCGAUCUCAAGAGGAUGGAAGGAACAACCCGCAGUCCAGUUUUCACACAUAUGACGGCAUCCCUGCAAGGGUUAACGACAAUAAGAGCUUUUGGUGCUCAAGAAAUCCUCCGGGCUGAGUUCGACCAACACCAGGAUCUCCACAGCUCGGCCUUUUAUCUGUUCUUGGGAUGUAACAGAACUUUUGGCUUCUGGUUGGACAUACACUGCGUCAUCUACAUUGGUUUAGUUACUCUUAGUUUCCUUUUUGUCGGAACUGAGACUUAUGGAGGAAACGUCGGUUUAGGAAUAACUCAAGCCAUAACUUUGACGGGGAUGUUCCAGUGGGGAAUGCGACAAUGGAGCGAACUUGAAAACCAGAUGACUUCCGUUGAGCGCGUCGUCGAGUACACAGAGGUCGCAGUGGAGGUUGACGAUGCCUCGAAAAAGCCUCCACAAGGUUGGCCCACAAUGGGAGUCAUCGAAUUCCGCUCGGUUUCAAUGCGAUACGCGCCAGAGGAGCCCUUGGUGCUUAAAAAAUUAAACUUCAGAGUGAAUUCUGGCGAAAAAGUGGGCAUUGUGGGGCGGACAGGUGCCGGAAAGUCCUCUUUAAUCUCAGCUCUGUUUCGACUAGCUGACAUUGAUGGUGCCAUCCUGAUUGACGACAUCGACACCAAGCAAAUAUCUCUGGAAUGUCUCCGCUCAAAAAUAUCAAUAAUCCCCCAAGAGCCCGUUUUAUUCUCAGGCACUCUGCGGAAGAAUUUGGACCCUUUUGACGAAUUCAACGACGAGGAGUUGUGGGAUGCUUUGGAAGAGGUUGAAUUAAAGAACGCGAUUUCGGAUCUCCCGGCCGGCUUGCACUCGAACGUUUCGGAAGGCGGAACGAAUUUCAGCGUCGGGCAAAGGCAGCUGCUGUGCUUGGCCAGGGCUGUGGUUCGCAGUAAUAAAAUAUUGGUUUUGGAUGAAGCUACCGCUAAUGUCGAUCCGCAAACCGAUGAACUGAUUCAGUCGACGAUACGCAGGAAAUUCAAGGAUUGCACCGUGUUAACAAUAGCUCAUAGGCUGCACACUGUGAUGGACUCGGACAAAAUACUUGUCAUGGAGGCUGGGCAAGCUGCUGAAUUCGAUCAUCCACAUGCGCUUUUACAGAACAAUGAGAGCAUAUUUUACGGACUCGUCCAACAAACGGGAAAAGGGAUGGCUGAGAAUCUUACGAAAAUCGCAGAAGAGGCCCAUGCCAGAAUUCCUAAAAUGUGAUCAAUUUAUUUUAUUUAUAUUGUACUUAAUAUAAAUAUAAGAUAAUAAAAUAUUUUUAGAAAAA